GACUUUUCAAAUUAAUAUACAAUUAUUUCUUGAUGGACUUGGUGUUUUUUCACUUGAAAUUUCUUACGAUAUUUGUAUUGAACUCACAGUGACAUACUGCGUUUGAGUUUUCGUUUAUUUCGCUUUUUUAUAUCAUAUUUGCUAUGGAAAGAAAGGUGUUUUUGGGCCAAUACUUGAUAUGGGUGAUGUUAUUGUUGGGACAGUUACAUGGAUACAUAAGCUGUAUUGAGAAAGAAAAGAAUGCUUUGUUUGAGCUCAAGAAAUUCCUGCUCUCAAGGAGGGAAGAAUGGGAUCACGAUCGUCCUUAUCUCCCUACUUGGACUAAUGACACAGAGAGCGAUUGCUGCUUGUGGCAAGGCCUUACGUGCGAUCCUACCAGCCGACGGGUUAUCGAGCUUUCCUUUGGAAGCCUUUUCCUCAAAGAGAAUUCUCGCCUGAACCUUUCUUUGCUUCAUUCCUUUGAAGAUGUUCGAAGUCUGGACUUAUCCUUUCUCGAGUUCGAAGGCAUAUAUGAUGAUGUGGAAGGUUAUAGAAGCCUAAGAAGAUUAAGAAACCUGGAGAUUCUGGAUCUUAGUUUUAAUAGAUUCAACAACAGCAUCUUUCCUUUUCUUAAUGCCGCUACAUCACUCACAACUCUGUUUCUUCCGUUCAACCGUAUCCAUGGUCCUCUUCCUGUUAAAGAUCUUAGAGAUUUGACAAACUUGGAACUACUGGAUCUGAGUGCAAACGGAUUCAACGGCUCCAUACCAAUACAAGAGUUAACUUCCCUGAGGAAACUGAAAGCUCUGAAUCUAAAUUACAAUGAAUUUUCUGGCCCAACGGGAUUGCAAGAGUUUGCUGCCCUGAGGAAGCUGAAAGCUCUGGGUCUACGUUACAAUAAUUUUUCUGGCUCAAUUGGAUUGCAAGGGGUUUGCAAAUUGAAGAAUAUAGAGGAGCUCGAUCUCAGUAGCAACAAGCUUCUAGGUCAGUUUCCUUUAUGUAUAACUAACCUGACUGGACUUCGACUUCUUGAUCUCUCAUCGAACCAAUUGACUGGGAACAUACCAUCUGCUCUCGCUAACCUUGAAUCCCUUGAGUACCUAUCACUGUUUGAUAACAACUUCGAAGGUUUCUUCUCACUUGGUUCACUCACCAACCUCUCAAAGCUUAAGGUGCUCAUGCUUGAUUCAAAUUCCAACUCAUUUCAAGUAGAGGUGAAAAGUUCUUGGAAGCCAAAAUUUCAGUUGAGAGCUAUUUCACUAGGAACUUGCAAUUUGGAUAGCAUUCCUCAUUUUCUCCUAUACCAGAAGGAUUUGCGUUAUGUUGAUCUCUCUUUCAACAAAAUUUCUGGAAAUUUUCCUACAUGGCUGUUGGAGAACAAUACAAAACUCGAGGUUUUGAAUCUAGGGAAUAACUCUUUUAGGAGCUUUCAACUACCGAAAUCCGAUCACAAUCUGGUUUUGCUGGAUAUAUCACUUAAUGAAUUUGAUCAACUCUUUCCUCAGAACAUUGGGUGGAUACUUCCUCGUUUAACGUAUAUGAAUCUGACGACUAAUGGUUUUCAAGGAAAUCUACCAUCUUCUCUUGGUAACAUGAAAGAGCUUGGAGUUCUGGAUAUAUCUCACAACAAGUUCUACGGAAAGAUACCAAAAAGUUUUUUAAUGGGUUGUUAUUCCAUGUGGGUCUUGAAGCUGUCACAUAACAAACUAAGUGGAGAGGUUAUUCCAGAAGCAUCAAACUUUGCUUAUUUAAGGGGGCUGUCUAUGAAUAACAAUUUAUUUACAGGAAAGGUCGGAAGAGGUUUGCGGAGCUUCAGAUCUUUGGAAAAGCUUGACCUUUCGAACAACAAUCUCACAGGUGUUAUUCCAAGUUGGUUUGGCGAACUUCAAGGCUUAUCUGUGCUAAAGAUUUCUAACAACUUGUUGGAAGGUGAAAUACCUACAUCGUUGUUCAACCUAUCCAGUAUUAGCCUACUGGACCUCUCUGCAAAUAGUUUAUCAGGGAACAUACCUCAAGCCAGUUCUGGAUAUGGGGUAGUAACAUUGUUACUCUUGAAUAACAAUAAUUUAUCAGGGGUUAUUCCAGACACACUUCUAGCAGCCAAUAUCACCGUCCUUGAUCUGAGCAAUAACAGACUGUCUGGGAAUAUUCCGGAGUCCAUCAACAACAACAUCAGAGUUCUUCUUCUCCGAGGGAAUACUUUAACAGGCAAUAUUCCUCGCCAGUUGUGUGCCUUAACAAGGCUUCACCUCCUGGAUCUUGCUAACAACAAAUUAAAUGGAUCCAUACCUUCGUGCCUUAGCAAUGCAUCAUUUGGUUUGGUAAAAGAGGAUUCGUUAUAUGAAUAUGUUUUUUCCAGCUAUUAUUCCGAUAAGCCUCUUGGUACCUCUUUCAAAUCUCCGCUCUUGCAAGAUAAUGAUAUUCCUGCUAAAGUUCACUGGGGAGAAAAUCAGAUGGAAAGCAUCCCAACGAAAAUUGAGUUUGCAACAAAACACAGAUAUGAUACCUACAUGGGCCAAAACCUCAAAUAUUUUUCGGGACUGGAUCUCUCAAAAAAUGAGCUGAGCGGUGAAAUCCCAGUAGAGCUUGGGCAUCUUGUGCAGUUACAUGCUCUCAAUCUGUCUCACAACAACUUAUCAGGAGUUAUCCCCGAAAGCUUUUCAGGUCUGAAGAAUGUGGAAAGCCUCGAUCUUUCUUUCAACAUAUUACAAGGUCGGAUCCCACCACAACUUACAGAGUUGAGCAGUCUUGCUGUAUUCAAUGUCUCUUACAACAACUUGUCAGGAGUCAUUCCAGAGGGAAGACAGUUUAACACUUUUGAUACGCAAAGCUACUUAGGUAAUCCUUUUCUUUGUGGACAACCAACCAACACAAGCUGCAACAACAACAGCAACAACGUCUUUCAAGAACUAGGUAAUGAAGUGGAAGUUGAUGAAUCUUUAAUCGACAUGGUGUCUUUUUAUUGGAGUUUUGUUGCAGCCUAUGUGACAAUACUUCUUGGGAUACUUGCAUCACUCUCUUUUGAUUCUCCUUGGAGCAGGGCUUGGUUCUACAUCGUUGAUUGUUUCAUCCACAAAGUGAGGGAUUUGGUUUGGUAAAAUACUGCAGGUGUUGGAUGUUUCUUAUGUGCUAGUUUCAUUGUUGUCCCCAUCUGUUGUUGUAUUUCUCAAAUGAUCCUGCUCUGUGUCACAGAACUAGAAAAAUGACUUAUGUUUGGUUCAUGGGUACUGUCUUUGUCUUUAAAUAAAUGUAAUGCCUCAAAACAUAUUUCUACUCAAAUACAAGAAGUCUCAUGAA